AUGGCAGCCUCAAGAGAUGCUGAGAGUCUAGAGCGCAGACAAACUCGGCUUGAUGAUCAAUGUUCAAGACAAGCGGCUUCAAGAGACGCCGAGAGUCCACAACAGACACGGACUCGAAUUGACGGUCAACGUUCAAGACAAGGUGCUUCUCGAGCAGCUAAGAGUCCAGAGCAGAGACAAACUCGGUUUGGCGACCAACGUGCAAGACAAGCUUCCUCAAGAGAUGCCGAGAGUUCGGAACAGAGACAAACUCGGCUUGGUAGUCUACGUGCAAGACAAGCGGCUUCAAGAGACGCCGAGAGUCCAGAGCAGACACGGACUCGAAUUGACGAUCAACGUGCAAGACAAGCAGCCUCCAGAACAGUCGAGAUUCCGGAACAGAGACGAACUCGGAGUGAAGAUCAACGUAGACAACAAGCAGCCUCAAGAGCAGUACAUUGGACAUUCAUGGAAGGGGAAGCGUUUCGCUAUGAUCCAGCUAAGAACUACGACAGCCAUCCUCAACUUCAUAUUGGACAAAUGACCGAUGUUUGCUCAUUCUGUGAUGCUCUCAAGUGGCCUGGAGAAGCACCAGGUAUGCGUUGCUCUGGUGGUAAGGUGAGGCUACCGGCACUUCGGCCUCCUCCGGAACCACUGAAAUCACUGAUGUCAGGAACAACGUCUCAGUCGAAACAUUUCCUUUAUAUUUUCCAUUAG